GUCUAAAUAUGUACAUAACGUUUUCAUAAUUAAUUACCUUAAUUAUAUUUCUUUUCACAUUAUGAUACAAGAUGAGAACUAGUUUUAUUUAUAUUUUGAUAAUUGUAAUUUCAAGAGCAACAUCACAGUGGCAUAGACCAUAUCAACAAUCGUGGCCUACUCAUCCUCCACAAACAGGACUACAACAACAACAGUGGAAUAACCCCUCGCCAUAUUGGAAUAAUCAACACCAACAAUGGAACCCACAUACAGGAUCAUUUCAUCAUGUUGCUCCUGUUACCACAACAGCUAUAGUUCCAACAACAGAACCACCAGAUAACCCACCACCAGCAAAAGUUGUAGUUGUCCAAGCCCCACUAACCUCUAAUCAAUGGCAAAACCCAGGAUGGUUCUCUCCUACAAACCAAUUUCAGAAUGGAUGGGGACAAACACCAGGUCAUAUGCACCAGCCAACAGUGAUAUUAAAUAGACCAGCACAGAUACAGCAACAACACAUGACACAUACACAACCCAACCGUAUGAAUAAUCAACAACUUCCCCAAUGGGGACAACGACAUCAACAGCAAUCACAGUGGCAACAGCCUAGACCACGCCAAAAUCCCACAUGGGAUACAUCAAACCAUCAAAAUUGGUACCAACAUACUAAUCAACCUGCAUGGCAACCAACUACACAACAAACACCUGUUCAUCGGCGUCCUUCAUGGCCGCAACAAGGACAACGAAAUAGAAAUAAUCAAAAUAAUCAACAUCCCCAAUUUAGCUGGCAACCUAAUAAUCAUCAACGACCUACAGCGGUCCAAAGAGUCCAAUCACAGCAACAUAGACAACCACCGCCGCAACAAAGACAACCCCCACCACAACAAAGACAAAACCCUCCCCAAAGUCAUCAUAUGCAACCACAAAGAUCACACAUCAGUGUUGACCAAAAUCAUCAUCAGAGAUUACCAGAUACACCAACAUAUCAUGACAAUAAUGGUGUACAUCAGAAUGAACCGCUUCAUGGAAAUCAUCAACAUAAUAAUCCCCAUGAAUACAGAAGUACUACGACACAAACUCCUUAUUUAGAACAAAAUGCUUUACAGUCCCCGGAACACCAAUUAGCAAAAACAACAACAACUCAUCCCGAUAUUCCUGCAGAAAGAGAUUAUUACAUUCAAUCACAGCUAGGACCACCAGAAACGCAGACAAGUGAUCCAAGCAUAAGAGUACAUAAACAUCUUACUAAUGAUGCUAUGAAUCAUCCACCAGUAUGGCCAGUGGAUCCGAAUGAACACCAAACAACUACUGCAACCUAUCAUCCAAAUGAUGCCCAUCAUCCUGGUCACGAUCCGAGAUAUGACCCUUCUUUAAAACAAAAAGCACAAACGGAACCUUAUAGAGAACAGCACAACCACCAGCCUCAUUUACCAUAUAACCAUGAACCUUCUCAAAAACACACCAAUACUGCGACUUCUUCACCUGUCCAUCCAGCACAGGAUAUAAGACAACCGCCGCCUGCGCAGUCACCGCAAGAUACAGGAUCACAGUUGCCUCCUGGCAGACAAGACACAAAAUCACCUGUAUUUCAUUACCGUACAAACAAAAUUGAAUCAACGCAACCUCCUCACCAACAAGAUGACAUUGGACCACCAUUAUCUGCUUAUCCACCAAAUGACUUAGGAUCACAACCGACUCAUCAUCAACAUGACACGAGAGCACCACUGCCUGCUCAUCCACCACAUGCCAUAAGACCACAACCGGCUCAUCAGCAACAUGACAUUAGACCACCAUUACCUACCCAUCCGCUACAUGACGUAGGAUCACAACCGACUCAUCAUCAACAUGACAUGAGACCACAAUCGCCUAUUCAUCUGCCACAUGACGUAAGACCACAACCGGCUCAUCAGCAACAUGAAACGAGACCACCAUUACCUACUCAACCGCCACAUGACGUAGUACCACAACCGACACAUCAUCAGCAUGACAUGAGGCCAAAAUUGCCUACCUAUCCACCACAUGACGUAGGACCACAACAUACGCAUCAGCAACAUGGCAUGGGUUCACAAUCGCCUACUUAUCCGCCGCAUGAUUUAAGAUCACAACCGACGCAUCAUCAACAUGGUAUGGGACCACCAAUAUCUGCUCAUCCACCAAAUGACGAUGGAUUGCAACCGACCCGUCAACAACAUGUCAUAGGACCGCCACUGCCUACUUAUCCACCCCAUGGCGUAGGGUCACAUCCAACCCAUCAACAACAUACAAUGAGACCACCAUUUCAAACUCAUCUUCCACAUGUCGUAGGAUCACAACCGACGCAUCAGCAACACGACAUGGGACCACCUAUACCUGCUCACCCACAUCAGCAUGUCAGGUCACAACCUACGCAACAUCAUCAUAACUUGGGACCACCAUCACCUGUGCAUCCACCUCAUGACACAGCCUCGCAAUUUUCUCAUAAUCCAUAUGAAACAGGACCACCGUUACAACCUCAUUCACCACAUUACAUAGCACAACCAUUACCUCCUCAUCAAUCACAUGAAAUAGGUGCGCCGUUACCUACGCAAACACCACAGGACACACAAUCAUUAUUUGGACUUCCUCCAAGUCCAUUGAAGCACGUCAAACCAGAUGUGAUCGUAACCCCAUCAGAGUUGAAGUAUGGAGUAACACAUCCCGAUGGUUCUAUCACAGAAGAAAUGUAUACCCUCGUGGCUUCUCGUGUUCAACGUAUAGUAUCAUAUACUACAGAUUUUCUCCAUAUAAUGACUUCUUACAUCUUGUUUGAUAGAAACAGGAGGACAUUUGGGAUGCGAUCAAAACGUAUUCGGGAUAUCUGUUAUGCUGGUAUGCUUGAUCAAGAUUUGGUGGAUUCUUAUAAAGUUGUAGUCAAUAAAACACAGCAAGUUGUCUAUCCACAUAUAGAAGGAGUAUCUAAGGUAUUUUUCUACAAAGAGGAGGAACAGAUUUUAUUCAGCGACGUGUUACGGGAAGCGGGUCAUUACGUGGCAGGUUCAUGUGGCCGUGAUCCCUUUAUAUUUAGAGUGUCAAGAAUAAAAAAUCCUGAUAUUCAUGUAGGGAAUAAACUGAUACCAGGUUCAGCAUGUCCAUUUGGACCACCAUAUCACCAAGAUUACUACAGUAUUGCUCGCUGUAUUAACGCAACGUGUCCAAUGAGUUAUAGCUGUAAUACACAUUAUGACGUGUGCUGUCCUGACAUGCCAGUGUCAACAAAUUGCUAUUCGUUUUCCAUUGGCCAAAUUUGUGUGAAGUACAUGCCAGGCAGGAGGAUAGUAGAUUAAAAGAUACCAGCAAUAUUCAUACAACAAAUUGAAUGGAUUGAAAUAAUAGCAAACAUUAAGAUAUAUCUUGGUUUGUGGUAUUACACGAUCUUUAAGGAACUACUUUGACACUUUUGUGAUGCGCUAAACAUACCCUUCUGUUAAAUUAUUUCUUUAUAAUUUGUUUAGUGUUCGUAUAUAUGUAUUAUGCACAAUAUGUUUACUUGUUUAAUUAGGUUUGUGUAGGAAUAAAAAAUGAAAAAAGUAUUUAUCUACCAAUAAUAAACAAACCCCAAGGUAAAUUUAAAAAGGAAGGCUGACUGAGUUCAUAUCACUGAAAAAUGAACGGAGGACUUUUCAAUCAACUGUCAUGUCCCUGCUAGCGUAAUCUCCCACUUGUAUCCCAAUAGGUUAAAAACAUGCGCGGUCCGUUUUAUACAAAUAACGCAGAAAAUCAGCAUUAAGCAGCACUAUUUUAGUCUAUUAUUUUUACUA